ACGCUGGACGCCCGCUGUUGCUAUUUUGUAGUGUUUAUAUGUGUGGGUGCCACUGUGGGGAUGUCGAUAUCGCUCUGCUCACUCGUUUGAGAAAGUCAAUGGUGGAGAGCAACUUUUGCGGGGGUGACUGUACCGUGCUGGGAUAGCGCGUCCGUGCCAGGAUGUGUUUAUGGAAGUGGGGGUAGGGAGGCAGAGGGGGCCGGCUGUGGGAGAACUUAUUACAAAAUCACGUCUGGCGCUACCUCCGUGGGCAUUGGGACAGACAUCUGUAUAUCUGCUGGUAAAAUCAGCUCGUCGUUGUCUCCGCUGCCGCCAGUCCUAUGUGUCCUCCGGCCACCAGAUGGCACCUCCCAGUCCCAACACCAACAGUAGUAGCAACAGCAGCGGCGGAGGUGGGGAACAGCUCAGUAAAACGAACCUAUAUAUCCGCGGCCUCCAUCCAGGAACUACAGAUCAGGACCUCGUGAAGCUCUGCCAACCGUACGGCAAAAUCGUUUCCACCAAAGCCAUUUUGGACAAAACUACCAACAAAUGUAAAGGAUAUGGCUUUGUGGAUUUUGACAGUCCAGCUGCUGCACAAAAAGCCGUCACAGCUCUGAAAUCCAGCGGAGUCCAGGCUCAGAUGGCCAAACAACAAGAGCAGGACCCCACCAACCUCUACAUCUCCAACCUGCCGGUGUCCAUGGACGAGCAAGAGCUGGAAAACAUGCUGAAGUCCUUCGGCCAGGUCAUUUCCACGCGGAUCCUCCGGGACGCCAACGGGACCAGCCGUGGCGUGGGAUUUGCAAGAAUGGAGUCCACAGAGAAGUGUGAGGCCAUAAUUCAGCAUUUCAAUGGCAAAUUCAUCAAGACUCCUCCAGGACUGCUCGCACCCACAGAGCCCUUAUUAUGCAAGUUUGCAGACGGGGGCCAGAAGAAGAGGCAGAGCCAGGGGAAGUAUCUCCAUAAUGGAAGGCCCUGGGGUCGAGACGGAGAUACGGGAGGAAUGACGCUAGCGUAUGACCCAACAGCCUUACAGAAUGGCUUCUACUCCUCACCCUACAGUCUGGCUCCAAACCGAAUGAUUGCCCAGACCUCUCUCUCGCCCUACAUGCAUUCUCCUGUCUCCUCCUACCAGGUACACAGCCCGUCCUGGAUGCACCACCAGUCAUACCUCAUGCAGCCAGCUGGUACAGUGCUAACCCCGACAAUGGAGCAUGCCAUGUCCAUCCAGCCCACGUCCAUGAUGGGGCCUCUCACUCAGCAAUUAAGCCACCUGUCUCUGGGCAGCACGGGCACAUAUAUUCCAGCCAACACUACUAUGCAGGGGACUUAUAUCCCCCAGUACACCCCAGUGCCUCCUUCCAAUGUCCCAGUAGAGGAGAACGGUGGUCAGCAGCAGCAGGUCGCCAUGGAGAAUCCGGCAGAACAUACAAACUACUCCUACCAACACACCAAGUGAAGCUGAGCUCCCACCAAUGAGAAGCCGCAGGGCAAGAAACAAAUCCAACCAAAACAGGAUUAAGCUGGAAGAGAUCUCAACCAUAACCAAUCACCGGGACUUGAACACGGAUAACAAAAGGAACACGUGUGUGCCAGUGAGUGUGCUUGUUUGUACUUGUGGGCGUGAAUGUGUGUGUGUCUGUAUUGUUAUUUGUUUUGUUUUGUUUUUGCUCUUCUUUCUUUUCUUUUUUUUUUGUUUAAGAAAAAGGACAACAAUUAACUUCAUCAGACUCUUCAGCUCACGUCCUCACGAGUUGACCAACCAAAGGUGGGAACCUUCUUCAAAGAAGAUUGGGUCUAUUUUGAUAACUGAAAAAGAAAAAAAAAUAACAACGUUGUUGAAAAAUGUCAAAAGAAAUAGGAGGGGAAGAAAUGACACAGACCAUUAUUUUUGUGCAAGUGGUAUAGCGAAUUCUUAUUUUUAAAAAAAAAAAAAGCAUUCUGGAUGUUUCAGAGUGAUUCAAGGAAGAGUUGAAACACAAUGUGUCUUUUAUUUUUUUGUGUAAAAUAUGCAAACUUUUAUUUUUAUUUUUUUCGAUGUCUGUUGUUUGACAUUCUAUUUGCAGCAGCAGUUUGUACAGAUUUCAAAACUUUUUGCUGGUCUGAUGUGUGGAGUCAUUCUAACUGUGGGGGGUAAACCGUUUAAAGCUACUUCUUCUUGUUACUGCUGCAGAGAUUUCUAUUCACACACGCCUGAAAAUAACGUUGACUGUUCAUAGUUUUUGUUUAUUUAGACCAUAACGGAACAAAAGACAAUCGAUUAUUUAUAUUUAUAUUCAAAUCAUAGUUCUAUUUUUUUGGAGUUUUUAAUCAUUGAAGCGUACAUUUAUGAAAAAGAAGUUAUUUAAUGUUGUAGUCUUUAAAGACAAGUUAAAAUGGACUUACAAAUUUUGACCUUACACACUAAUGGAUUCUCUAAAGUGACUCUUUUGGUUUUUGAAAACUUAGUGGCUUCCAGUCGUGUAUUUAUCAGCUAAAAGAAACUUCAAAGUGACUUGUGUUCAUUUUGACAGUCAUCCUGGUAUAUUAGAUUGCAAUCUCAUCACAUAUUUUUGUCAAUGAGUAGGCAUGGGCUAUCAUCAUGUUUAUUGUUAUUCGAUUUUACAAAGUCACGGUUUCACAAUCAAACAUCGAAUCUUGACGCUAAAGAAAGGACAGUUUUUCAGCAUAUAGUGAUCACUGCAAUAAGUGUGUCAUAGCCAUAAGUAGGAACAAAUUUUUAGACUUUUUUGAAAAAAGGUGUUUAAAGUAGCUAUUGUUUUAAAAUGAAAUUUAGCAACAAACAUCCCGGUACAGUCAAGCUAACACAGCAACUAACAUCACUAAUUAACUGGCUAACAAUUGCUUGUCAGGCUCCCAAUACAUCUUGCUGCAAAUUGAGCAUAUUAGCCAAAAAUCAAUUUAAUUGAAGGUAUUACAUUGAAACAAAAUUCCACAUAUACCAAGAUCUAAGUGUCUAUUGGUGAAUAAACGGCUAUGUACAGUUUUGCUAACAUGACAGCUAACCUGGCUCAUUAGCUAAAAAUAUUAGCUUGCCAGCCUCUCAACUUUUAUUUAUAAAGAGCCAAAUGGCAGAAAUGGCAUAGUUAGCAUAGCAGUCUCCCAUGUUAGCCUUUCCACAUGUAAUUAACCAGCUAGCAGUAGUUUUGUCAGUUUGUAGUUUUUUUGUGUGGCCGGUUAUUGUUUAUUUAUAAUAUUUACAGACCCAACAUCAUAUUGCAUAAUAAAGGAGCCUCUGUAGAGCAGGGUUUUACGAUUAUAUUCAUAAAAAAAUCUAAAUUACUGAAGGUAGAACAUUUUAAGCUGCGUUUAGCAUCUUAAAUUAGUUAUUCGUCUUGCCAGUGUCAGGAACAAAAAGGUGCUGUUCCGCAUUAAGAGUUACUUAAAGAUUGCAGGCUGUUACCUUAACUGUGAGGCUUCCAAAGGGAUGGCAACAUUUCUAAGUACAGGAUGCUUCAUGUCAAAUUCAGGUUAAUAAAACAGAGCAACAUUGCUAUGAUGCAUUUAGUCCUCCUGCUGUCUCUCACAGCCUGUUUAAAAGCAGCUUCCAGAAUGAACAGAAGACAGGACUCGAUAGCUAAAAUAGAAAUAAUAGCUUCUGAAACCUUUUGCACUUCCUAAGAUUUAAUUUAUAAAUGCUUUACUGAUACUAAAGAUUGCUAAGUUUGAGUCUUCUUCCCUCUGUAACAAAUUCCACUCUGAAGAGUGUUGCUGUUAGCCAAUUUCUCUAUGCUUUUUAAUUUAAUUUAAUUUUUUUACAUGUAUUAAUUUUGUCUUUCAAUACCUAUGAAACCGUGUCAUUUUUGCUCAGCUUUAUAUUCUCACAGGGCCCAUGCCUAUCUCUGAGAAGUGGUUUUAAGCGGUUUUGUUGCAGCUGCCAUCAGGUAUCUUUUAAUUUAACCUCUGUCCCAGGGGUUAGGUGAACAUGCUUUAGAAAGAAGCAGUUAGAUAUUAUGUGUAAAAAGAGCAAUGCAGUUACUAAAUUAAAGAGUAGUUUAGUAAAAGUGAUGAGGGAAAAUUAAUGAAAGACUUAGAAAAUCCCACCGAAUGGUUUAGUCUGAUAGGAAAGGGAGUGAUAAGUCUUUUUUUUUCCAAUGCUGCUGUCAUCUGAGUUUGAUUCUGUCAGUGAGUUUUUAGUUUGUAGAAAGAUAUUUUUUCUGUUUUUAUUUUUUUUGUUGUUGUUUCUCUUGUUUUGUUUGUUGCUGAAAAGAUUUGCCUUUUUUUGUUUAAAUAUUCUUUGGUUAGAUUUUAGCUGUAGAGUUUAUCUCUUCACAGAGACUAGAUGUUAGUUUCCUCUUCGAAUGGUUUGAGGCUGUUCUCUUGUUCACAUCAAGAUUUCUCUUGUUUUACUUUCAUGAAAAAUUUCCGUUCCAAGCCUUGUGUCGCCUGUCUGUCCUCAUAUUGUAUCCGAGCUGUUUGUAGAGAGCUGUUCAGAGCCGAGAGCUCAACCAAACUGACUUAAAUGUUGUUCUGAUCCAAGCGAUUCGUCCUGCUCAGUGUAGCGGUGUUCAAAUACCGGUCAGCACAUCGAGUGAAGUGAAGCUUACGUCACCAUGUCUGUUCAAAUAUGUUGACCUGUAAAUUUGUAGACACCAGAACUGUAGAUAUGUAGAUAGUAAGUAGUGGUUUUUACAAAGGACUGCUCUCCAGACCAUGGAAGUGCCAUUACAGACGAUUCUUACAGCCUUAGUCAGACUGCAAGUCUGAAUGAAUUUGUGAGAGAUCCAAAAUUCUGCAAAAAAAAAAAAAAACUAAACAUUUUUAGCAAAGCCUUAAUGAUCCUUUCCUGGAUUUACUGCCUGAUUUCUCACUGAAUUGACUUUUAUUUGUAUAUACUAUGAAAAUGGCAACAGGCUUCUUUGCAUCCCGUCUAGUUAGUUAUCACAUCAGUCGCUGCUGGUUUAUGCUCCUGUUUAAUCAUUCAUCUUUCGAGGCAGAUGACGUCUGCCUCAAGGCUUCACAGUUUCAUUAUCCUGAUUCUGUCCUGGUCUUUCUUAUGAUAUUAACUUUUAGCUGUUUUCCUGCUUUAUGUUUCUGCAACCAAAGACGUAGCCAUCUCCAUUUUUUUUUUUUAAAUACAUUUUUAAAAAUUGGAUUAACUCAGAUAUUAGAAAUAAGACAAGUGUGCAGUCAUGCUCCAAAUUAUGACCACAGGUAAAGCCAAUUUAUUAUUUCCUUUGCAGACCUAUGAAGACGAUGCAUCUAAGAAAUGUCCUCUUGAUUAAUUUUUUUAAAGCAAUUGUAGGGUGGACUUUCCCCGUACUGUAAAUAGGAGAGCUUUUGAGUGCACGCAGACACACUGGUGAAUCUAUGGGGGGUUCAACACACAUCCAGGAGGAAAACAGCUUUUGCUCUUCAUGGUGUUAAACAGACAGUUUUCAGACACAAAAGUUAGUUUUGUAAAUAGCCUUUUUUUCUCUUUCUACUUGCUCUCUCUUUACCAUUCUAUUGUGUUUCAUCUUGUGUGAUUCAUUGAUUUUUUUUUGUUGUUGUAUGAUUUAUGACCUGUCCAGAUAACAUCGUGACUAUCAAGUUUUCAGAUUCAGUGCACCAUGAAGGAAAUAUCCAAAUAACUGCUAUUCCAUGUUUUAGCCACCACUUUUAAUACAUAAACCGUGAUAUUUGAAACUAUGAAAUGACCAUGUGUUAGUUGCAAAGCAGUGUUUAUUUAUUUUUUUUAUUUUUUUACAAGAGAAAAUGUUACAAGAAGAAGUUGUAAUAUUUGUAAAUGAAUGUGUCUUUUGAUUGCAUUAUAAGAAAAAAUAAAUACUCAAACUAAUUUUGUAGAUAGUACACACAAUUUAAGAUAUAAAAAGAAUUUGUUGCACUUACUAAUAUUUCAAAUGCUCUUUUAAAGAAAAAAAAAAUCCAUCCUAAAGUUAAUUUGGUGGCUUAUUUCAUAGUUUCAAAUUGUUUCGCUGCUAAGAUAGGAUUUCCAAGCAGGUGGUUUUAGGUUGUCCAGUCUGGAUUUCACAAUGCUACACAUCUGUUUUCUCAGAUAUGGUUAUUUUCCUAGUGGAUCAGCCAUCGCUUAGGAUGUAGGGAGAUCUUAUGGCCCAAUUCUCAACUUGCUCCACCUCUCUUUAUGAGAAGGCUGGAGAAACCGCAGUGGCUAUAAAGAACAAAACAUCCGCUGUAAAGCACAUGUUUAUGUCUUGUUGCAGCUGCUAUGGUAACAUGAUGGUGAAACCCGGCAUUUUGUGUGACUUGCUUGUUUUGAGGGAUUUACAACAAACAAUACUGAUUUUUAUUCUCCCCGAGUAAAAGAAUGUCUAGGCUCACGUCCCAGCAGAUCGUCUGAAAUUUUACUCUCUGCACCCUUUAUUGAUCAAAGUCUAGCUCAAGGUAGUAUUGUUGAACUUUCCACAUUGAACAUUUUUGUGAAGCAUUCUGAAAAUCCAUUGGGCUCGUAAACCUCCCUGUUUGUGAACAUUUUAUUAUUUAUACAAUAACUCAUUUUGUACAGUUUGUUAGUGGAAAGAGGUUUUCUAUUUGGUUUAUUUUGCAAAUGCCACUUGGCUACUUUUGUCUUCCUGUGCCAGAGUUGCUAAAUUGUCUUUAACUUGUGUUUUUUUUUUAAUGAUUGAGACAAGAUUUUACUUUCUCUUUGAUUUAUCUUUGAAUUUGUCAGUUUUCUUUUUAUAAUAAAACAACUUUUAAUGUUU